CACGUCACAGCGUUCAAUCAAGCAAACCGUUUUUUUCGCUAUCGCAUCCAUUCUUGACGGAGGGAAUUAAUCAGGCACCGGAACAAUUGCAGUUAAUCGCAUCGCCAUACUAUUGCAUCCCAGUAUUAUUUUGAGUCGAAGACACAGACAAGAUGAUUGUCGAGCGCGAGAUCAAGCUCGUUACAGAGCAACAUAACAUAGACAAGCCUCCGCAGAUGGAAGGAUUCCCAAUGAAGGAGUGGUCAGUAGAGAUCUACCUACUGGAUCAAAAUGGAAAGAAAGUGCCCGCAAAGUGCUUCACAAAAGCCGUCUACAACCUGCACCCGUCGUUCGCAAACCCCACACAGACCUUCACCGAGCCACCCUUCCGCUGCUCGAACGAGGGAUGGGGUGAGUUCGAGAUGACGAUCGACCUCUACACAACCGAAAAGGGCGGAAAGCAGACGGUGGUGCACGAUCUAAACUUUAUGAAACCGACGUAUGAUGUAACCAAAACGAUCACUUUCCGCAACCCUUCGCAACACCUGCAGACGCUGCUGCGCGACUCGGGCCCGCUGCCAACGGACGAGGACCGGAAGGCGCGUAAAGGCGCAGACGGGGGCAAGAAGAAGAAACAGUGGGACCUGGAGAAGCUGGCAAGCGCGCUUACGAAGCUGGGCGAGGAUGAUUUGAUUCAGGUGAUCCAGAUGAUCCACGACCACAGGAACGACGAUACCUACGUCCUUAAUAACCCCGAUGGUAAGCCUCUCACAGCCGGUCCCGCCGCUGCCUUGAUGGGUGCCGGCGCUAAUGCAGACAUUUGUGUGUAUUUGCUGACAGAGUUUUCGAUACGCCCUGCAGCCGGGGAGUUCUCCGUGGAUUUGUAUACCAUGCCAGACAACCUGACAAAGAUGUUGUGGGAGUUCAUUUCUACAACGGAUCAAGGACACCGGCUUAAGUAGUAUCCCAUGGAUGUUGAUUUGGCUUCAAUGGGAGGCCUAGAUGGUUUGGAGGCAAUAAUGCUUUGUUGUAGUGAGAGAUGGGGAUCGCAUCGGAAACGGCGUUCAGGAUUUCUUGUCUGGCGAAAAAAACAAGACAAAAGCGUCCUAAUAGUUAAAGAGACACUCGAAGCGUGGCUGAUCAGAGGCGACACGGAAUGAUGUGUACGCGGUAGUUGGUUUCACUUAACCCAGCUAUUCGAACCUCUUCUGUCCCCGUGACAGAACUCGGAGUUUAGGGUCGAGGAUUGGGCUCAGUUAGCACUCUGUUGUUUGAUUAUUGGUGGCUUCAUGGCCUUUUUCUUCUUCCGCUGUUUCUAUUUUUAUUCCUUUUUUUGUUUUGUUUAGUUAGUACUUGCAGUAUUUGACUUGGGCUGGCAGGAUUAGCACAUGACAUGUUUCCGCAUUUUGAUCCAGCGCCACACAUUUCCCCGGAGUCUCAUAUGAUAUUCCCCAGCUUUGACAAAUGCCAUCUCCAGCACUAGGUUGUUAUGACCAAUUUUAUGGUCUGGAAUCCGACCUCACACUUUGCAGGACGAGGCAUCAGCACUGAUCCCAUUAGGGCAACUGGCCCGAACACGAACAGAUGUGCUAAGCGCCAAUUACGACCAUACAACCUCUACAUGUAUGGCACAAACACAAAAAGAGUUCGAUAGAGA